AUGCACAAGAAGAAGGUGGAGGAGCUGCGGCAGUGGCUGGCGACGGCGGACGCGUCGCUGCAGCUCGGCCUGCCGCCCUCUCCGCGGAUGCUCGUGCUGAGCGGCCCCCCCGGCUGCGCCAAGUCGACGGCGCUGCGCGUCCUCGCCGGCGAGGCGGGCUUUGAGAUCUGCGAGUGGCUCGAGGGGCGCGCGCUGCGGUGGGUGUCGGAGGGCGAGCGGGCUGGCGCCGGUCCAUCCGCGCACACCGGCUACGAGUCACGCCUCUCGCAGUUCGCCCACUUUCUGUCGUCCUCGCUCCGCACGCUCUCGCUCUCCAUUGCGGCCGCCGGCCCGGCGCGAGGAGGCGGCUCCGAGAGCGGGGAGGGGGCGGGCGGGAGCGGCGCGUCGACGCCGACGGCCGCGGUCGGGCUGCGCCGCCGGCUCGUCCUCCUCGAGGAGCUGCCGGUCGGCAGCUCGAGCGGCGCGCGCACACAGGAGCUGCUCGAGCAGCAGCGGCGCAUGCUGCGGAGCGCUCUCGAGACGGCGCGCUUCCCCGUGGCGCUCGUUCUCUGCUCGGACGCGUCGGUCUCGACCGCCAAGCAGCUGGAGACGCUCCUCGGCCCCGCCGCCGCCUGCCCGCAGCUCACCUGCCACGUCGCUUGCAACCCCGUCGCCGACACGCUGCUCACGCGUGCAUUGCGCUCCGUCGCCGCGGCCGAAGGAGUCUCGCUCGCGGCGGAGCAGCUGACGGCGCUGGCGCGCGCCUCGAACGGCGACCUCCGCCACGCACUCAACCGGCCCAGCGGCGGCGGCGCGGACCGCGACCGGUUCCGCGACUUGUUCCACACCGUCGGCAAGCUGCUGCACGCGCCCGCGCAGGCUGCAAAGGCGGCGGCGGCGGCCAAGGGGGCCGAGGCGGCAGGCGGGGCGGGCGACGCGGCUCGCUGGUGGGAGCAGGAGCAGGAGAAUGCGCGCGCCGCUUGCGACAACAGCGCCGCCCUCGCGCUCUCCUUUUUGCAGCAAAACUACCUGCCGCACUUUGGCGACAUCGAGGACGCGGCGCUCGCCGCCGACGCGAUGUCCGACGCCGCGCACCUCGUGGGAUCGUGCCGCACACAGCCGUGGGUCUCGCCCGCGGUCAUGCCUCUCGUCGCUUCGCUCUCCACUCGGGCUGUCACCACCCUCAACCGCGUCCCCGCCCCGUCGCGCUUCUCCCAGUGCACAAAGCCGGCACACUUUGGCGCCGAGAGGGACGCGGCUCGGCUGUCGGAGCGGCUCGCAACGUCCUUCGCACCUCUCGGCGAGGCGGGCCAGGAGGCGCCCCCGCCGCCUCCUCUCGCCACCCACGCUGGCCGCCACGGGCUCUCGCCGGAGCAGCGCGAGUGUGUCGUCCAGCUCACCAGCUUUGAUGGGCGCGACGCGGGUGCCCACAUGGCGCGGGCUCUGCCGCCAGUGCCGCUCGGCGGUAUCUCCGACAGCAUCGGCAUGCAGGCGACGCAGCGGCUGGUGCCUCGGCCGCAACAACUUCUGGACGACAUCGAGGAGUGA